AUGUGGCGCCUUCAUUUGUUCCUACUCCUGUCCACCUGCUUUCUGGUUCCCCACGAUGGCAAGCCCACGAAACGAACCCCAGUUGGAUUUUCAUCGACCACACUGGCGUCGCUGCUUCUGGAAACGGAAACUAGCAAUGGAACCACGGAUCUACCCACAAGUACCGAAACUACGACCCUGAGGACGCAGCGAGUGACAAACAUUGGAAGAUUGGCCUCCAAGGAUUUAGCCGAUUUGCUUUUGGCCAGUAUGCAGGCACGGGGUGGCAAGUUCACCUCCUUCCAGGAAUCCACCAUCAAAUCGCUGCGCACCGAGGAGAACAAGGAUACGAAGGGCAACAAUAUGUUCCUGCAGAUUGGCAUGGAUGUAAUCAUUGACAUCUUAGUCGGAGCUCGUUAUAACGCCACUUGUGGAAGGAUCAUCCAGGACAUCGAUCAGUCACAGGACCAAAACAGCCUGACCUUGACACUCAAAUCGUUUUUGGCCCUCUGCUUCUUCAAUAGCAUCGAGUGCGCCAAGCAUGAGGUGAGCCAAGUGAUCAAGAGCACCCAAAUGCGCCAGAGGCAGCAGAACAAGAUCGUUCAGGAUGACAACCAGCAGGCGGAGGGCUCGGGUCUUCGCACCGUCCGUCGCGUGGGCGUGGUCAAGGACGAUCGCAACUCGGUGCUGAAGUUCCUGCAGGCACGCAACAGCACCGAACUGACCACCAUCCUUAACACCCUGCUGCCGAUGUGCGGAGCCUCGGCCGGCGAGACCCACAAAAUCAUUAGGAAUUUAAGUGAGAUGGGUCCCAACAGCUUCAGCUUGUUGCAAGUGAACGCUUUCAGCAUGCUUGCCGUAUCACUUUUGGACAGUCUAUCGACCAUUGCCGAAGGUAAGACCACCGGCUUGUGCUCCGCCGCCCCCGAAAGCUGGAUCGUCCGCCUGCUGGCAAUGGGCGUGGACAAAGUGGUGCUAAUGGGCCUGAUGACCGCCCUCGAUCGUACUAUCAGCAACUCCACUACCGCUGAAAUGGCCAAUGCCGCAGAGCUCAACAGCAUCAAUGGUGGCGAUCUCCUAGACCCAAAGUCCAAGGUUGACCAAAAGACUGCGGCCAAGCGAGCCAUUCUGGAUUCUGGCGUGGGUAACGACUUCAACUUGGCACCAUCAGUCCAAGAGAUUGGCAAUUCAAACACGAUUACUGAUCUCAUCAACGCCAAUGUGCCAGUGGGAGCUGUUCUCCCUGUGUUGAGUGACAUCAACGGUCCUGGUUUCACCGGCAACACUUUAAAUCAGGGAUCUGAUGUGGUGGUCAAUGGUACAGGAAACACUUUUACCCGCUUGGUGGGCGCUAGGGUUCCGGUUUUAGCUACUGCUCCGGUUUUGGCUACAAUCAACAGUGGAAGUUCCAGUUCCUCCUCUUCGAGUCCAUCUACUAGUUCGGGAUCAUCUGGGUCUUCAACGUCGGGCUCUACUGGCUCUACUGGCUCUACUGGCUCUUCAGGUUCGGGUUCCACAGCUUCUUCCUCUGCCACACCUAGUUCUUCUGGAUCGUCGGUAAUUGGCAACAAUGUGAAUGUUAAAGGCGAUUCUAUAAAUGGAAAUAAGAAUUUCCUUUUCAAACUAAUUGAUCUUGGUCUGCCGAUCUCCUUGGCCGCUCCAGUUCUGAGUAUCAUUAAUCAGGGCUCUGCCACUGGUUCAUCGACUGGUUCUUCCACUGGUUCUUCAACUGGUUCUUCCACUGGUUCAUCCUCUGGUUCUGCGGGUGUUACUUCAACUGGUUCUUCAAGUGGCUCCCCAGGCGCCUCAGUGGGAAACAAUGCAAACAUCGACCCCAGCGUUGAUAUUGUUGGAAAUAACAACCAAAUUACCAAGGUCGCUGAUGCCAACGUUGAUGCAUUGGCUAAUAUCCCGGUCCUUAGCAAAAUAACUGGAGCUGGCUUUGCAAAUAAUCUGAAUCAAAAACCCAAUAUAGUUAUUAGAGGUGAUGGAAAUAAGAUUACUAAGGUCGUAGACGUCAAUGCUCCCGUUUUGGCGGGUGUUUCGGCGCUCAGCAGCAUCACCAAUGCCGGUGGAUCAUCCAGUGGCGGAUCAAGCAGUGGAUCUUCUGGAAGCGGAUCCUCCUCUUCGGGAGCUUUGGGUGCAUUAAGUGGUCUCACAGGCGGCUCAGGAGGAUCCUCUUCAGAUGGCCUUCUCGGAGGUCUUCUUGGCAAUGUCGUUGGCGACGUGGUACCCAGUGUUGGUGGAGUUGUCUCCGGCGUCGUUCAAACAGUGGAGCCCGUUCUUGGUACUGUGCUGAAUACAGUGGAGCCCGUUCUUGGUACUGUGCUGAAUACAGUGGAGCCCGUACUUGGUACUGUCCUAAACACAGUGGAGCCCGUUCUUGGCGGAGUUCUUGGUGGUGCGACUGGCGGUUCUUCUAGUUCCUCGAGUCCUCUUGGCGGCGUUACUAACCUUUUGGGAGGAGGCGGUUCCUCCUCCAUAAUUGGAAACAGUGCCAGUAGCGGUCCCAAUACUUUGGUCACCGGCAACAAUAACAACAUCGUUCGAUUGGUGGAUGUCAAUGGAUUGGUCCUUGCCGACAUUCCCAUUUUGAGCAGCAUAGUUAAUCUUUUGGGAGGGUCGGGACUAAUCGGAAACUCAGCCAACAAGGGUCCCAAGACUGUCGUUAUCGGUGACAAUAAUCGUAUUGUGAAGCUGAUCAACGUUGAUCUGUGGGUGUUGGCUUUCCUCGACGUUCUCAACAUAAUCCGCGGAAGUGGAGGUGUUUGCAACCAGCUUAACUCUGGACCUAACACUGAGAUCAUUGGCAAUAACAACGAUGUGGUUCAACUGGUUGAUGUGGAUUUGAGCGUGUUGCUUGUGGUUGAUUUGCUGAGUCACUUGAUCACCAAUGUGGCCAAUGACUGCAGCGGCACUACGACAGUUACACCCGUUACAAGUCCACCUACUCAGCCGCCAACUGAGCCGCCAACUGAGCCGCCAACUCAGCCGCCAACUCAGCCGCCUACUCAGCCGCCAACUGAGCCACCAACCCAGCCUCCCACUGAGCCCCCCACUCAGCCUCCAACUGAGCCACCCAGCUAUGGGCCGCCCACCAAUGAGCCGCCCACCAAUGAGCCGCCCACCAAUCAGCCACCCACCAAUCAGCCACCCACCAGCAGGCCACCCACCGGUCAGCCACCCACACACCGCCCACCGUCACCCAGUCCCAACAACUGCUAUCGCAGAUACUGCCGCAAGUGGCGCACUCGUCCCAGCUACUUGUGCUACAAGAACUGCGGUGGUGCCUUCGUCUACAAGCCCUAA